AUGGCGACGGGGGGAGGUGAGCUGCAUGUCAGUGUGCCGGGAAGACCGAGUGGGGGAUACGCUGAGGUGGAGUCUUCAGAGAGUGACGGAGAGACAGAGCCCGCUGAAUCAUUCCACAGGAGGAUCAGCACCAACAAGGAGAUAAAAUGCAGUGUGUCAAUAAAGGAAGGCUACAUGAUGAAGCAGACGUCUUCCUUCCAAAGGUGGCGGAAACGAUACUUCAAACUCAAGGGACACAAGCUGUACUAUGGGAAGGACACCACUAGCGUUAUUUUCGACGAAAUACACUUGACUGACGUGAGUGUUGCGGAGUGCAGCACUAAAAACGUCAACCACAGCUUCCAGUGCAUCACCCCCUUCCGGAGCCUGGUGUUGGCGGCGGAGACACGGCGAGAGAUGGAAGAGUGGAUAGCUGCCCUGAAGUCUGCAAACACCACCACACACUACUAUGAGGGCACGGAGCAGGUCCACUCGUUACUGUCAGGGCAACACAACUGGUACGCCACCUCGCACGCCCGCCCCACCUACUGCAAUGUGUGUCGCGAGGCCCUCUCAGGCGUCACCUCCCACGGGCUGAGCUGCGAGGUGUGUAAGUUCAAGACACACAAGCGAUGUGCAGCCAAGGCGAUCAACAAUUGUAAGUGGACAACCCUCGCCUCGGUGGGAAAAGACAUUAUAGAAGACGAGGAUGGGAACUUAGCAAUGCCGCACCAAUGGCUGGAGGGGAACCUGCCUGUGUCUGCCAAGUGUGCGGUGUGCGAAAAGACCUGCGGCUCUGUGCUCAGGCUACAGGACUGGAGGUGUCUGUGGUGCCGCUCAAUGGUUCACACGGCCUGUCGUCCUCUCCACCCCACCCGCUGUCCUCUUGGUCCCUGUCGCAUCUCCAUUGUUCCGCCCAUUGUCCUCUCCACCAUAGGAACAGAUGAGUCUUGGGAGGCCACCAGACCCCAGGGUUGCUCUCCCCUCUUGGUGUUUGUGAACAGUAAGAGCGGGGACAACCAGGGGGUCCGGUUCCUGCGUCGCUUCAAGCAGCUCCUCAAUCCGGCACAAGUGUUUGACCUGAUGCACGGAGGCCCAGUGCUGGGGUUACGGCUCUUCAAGUGCUUCAAUCCAUUCAGGAUACUGAUAUGCAGCGGAGAUGGGUCGGUGGGAUGGGUCUUGUCGGAGAUUGAUAAAUUGCAUAUGACGAAUCAGUGCCAAAUCGGAGUGUUGCCUCUUGGGACAGGGAACGACCUGGCGCGGGUACUUGGCUGGGGUUCAGCCUGUGAUGACGACACACAUUUACCCCAGACCUUGGAGAGAUAUGAGAGAGCCACCACCAAGAUGCUUGACAGGUGGAGCAUAAUGAGCUAUGUCAGCCAUGUACCACUGCCAGCACAGCCAAAGUUGGAAAUAGAAACUCUACACUCCCAGGUGGCUCAGUAUGAGGACUCUGUAGCGACACAUCUUGCAACACUGCUCCAGUCUGACCAACACUCGGAAGUCAUUGCAUCGGCCAAGGUGCUGUGUGAGACAAUCAAGGCCCUCACGGUGAAGGUUGGCAGGAGCUGGGGUGAGGCGUCCCACACCACUGAGGGCAGUGUGGACACCCAAGAGGACUCCCUGUCUGCCAAGUGCACUGUGCUAAAUGACAAGCUGGACUUGCUGCUGCGAGCCCUGCAUGAAGAGAGUGUGGCCUCCAUGUCGUCAAUCAGCACCACCACUGCCGAGGAGUCUUCUGUCAUGGAGGAGAGUCCGGACACUAGUAUUGACCUUGAUCCCAUUGAAAAGGGAGGCUCAUAUAAAGACAGUAAGAAUAUAAGUAAUCAGCAAAAGAAAAGAACAAAAAAGAAACACUUCAUUGAAAGAGAUGCCCUCAUGUCCCGGGCCAACAGUCUGAAGAAAGCUGUGCGAGAAAUAAUUGAACACACUGAAAAGGCCGUGGAUGAUCAGAAUGAGCAGACCCCCAUUAGACUGCCUCCUCCCACCAUACUCCUCCAGCCCUCUGAUGACAUUGGCCAAAGUGAUAAGCAUGGAGUAGAUAUGUCAGCUCUACAGGUCCUCCCAACCAUUGAUGGGUCAUCCACAGAGGCGUCUCCCUGUCCCUCACCCAUGCCAGGCACCAAACCAGUAUUUGUAUCAUCAAUCACAACAAACUUUCCACUUCCCCCUGUCUCCCCCAUACCAAGUGUGCCAUCCACCCAUCCGCUACAUCUCCCACACCUAAGCCUGAGUCACCAACCACCCACUGGUCAGCCUGCAAUGCUGCUCCACCCACCAGGGGCUCCAGGUGACAAUGGUGCUACAGAUUCACUUGGACUUAACUUUCAGAUGCUGUCACCUUUGCCAGACCAGCGGAGAGACAGUCACACUGAGUUUGAUUUUCCAGUUAACAUUCCUGUGCCUAGUGAGUUUGCAGAUCUGUCAAGAAAAAGCAGUAUGGUGGAUGGGAGCUUUGUUCAUGAAAAAAGUGCCAUCUCUCUGGAAGGCAUUGAAGUUAGAAUUCAAUCCUCAACAGACAACCUCAUGGAUGUGUGUGAAGAUGAACCGUACAUGUUUGAGGAGAAACCUAUCGAGGAAAGACGAGAAUCCUUACCGAGUCUUUUGGACAAGUCAUUUACCAUUGAUGAGGAUGUGGAACAUUCAGAGACAAAGAGUGAAAUGGAGGAUAGAGACCAAAUAGAGGACAGUGGAAGUACUGCUGGUGAGUCAGAUGAACAUGAUGAGCUGCAGGAAGAGGAGCAGAAAGAGAAGACUGAAGGGCAGGAAAGUGAUGAUGCUGAUGAAACUGUAAAGGAAGCACAGACAGGUGAUGGUGCCUUGGGUGAAAACUGUGAGGACAAUAGCACCCCAGAGGCUGACUCUAGUGCACUAGAUGAAACAUCAAGAGAAGUGGAAGAGGAAGUUCAGGGUGCUACACAGAAGGAAGAGGAGGCAGAUGCACUUUCCAUCAAAGAAAAGGAAGAGGAAGAGACAGUUCUUAUUAAAGAAGAUACUUCCACACAAGAAGAGGAAGAGGAAGAAAAGGAGAAAGAAAAACAUGAAGAGGAGGCAGCAGAGGCAGCUCCUAUAAAAUCAGAUGAAGUGGAGUUGGUGAGUGCAGCAGAUGAGGAGCAAAAAGUGGCUCUGAGACGGGAGGAACCAAUGGGAGAGGAUGCUGCCGCUGCUGUAGAGCCAAGCAUCCAAGAGGUUCCUUUGGCUGAGGAGGAAGUACCUGAUAUCCCAGAGGAGGAGUUAGAGGCAGUGAUGGGCAGCAGUGGCGACCCACCAAUGGAGCGCAUUGUGGAGGGAGCUGAGGCUGUGACUGAGGACGAGAUGGAGGAGGAAGAGAAAGCAUCAAGGCGUAUAUCUUCAGGCUCAACCCUGAAAAGUCAAGCCGGCCGCAUAUCCAUAUCUGCUGGGCGGGACAAGAACAGGAGUCCUGAUCGUGGGGGGCGGGGGUCCUUCUGCAAAGGGGUAGCUAGGGAUUCUACGGCUGCUCGCCCAUCACGCAAACACCUCCCUAUCAUCAACCCACUAGUCUCACUACCCAUGUGGCCAAACAUAACUGCUGGGGGUAGUACUGGCGGCCUCAUCAGGAAAGUGCUUCUUGCCAACGCUGACACACUGUGUGCUGCCGCCUCUCCUCUGAUGGACCUGGAUGACUCCUCCCUAGAGGGUUUCACUGAGAGAUGCAUAAUGAAUAACUAUUUUGGAAUUGGGAUUGAUGCCAAGAUUACAUUGGAUUUUCACAACAAAAGAGAAGAGCAUCCAGAAAAGUGCCGUUCAAGAACCAAGAACUUCAUGUGGUAUGGAGUCCUGGCAUCCAAGGAGUGGCUGUGUAAAACUUACAAAAAUCUGGACCAGCGAGUACAGCUUGAAUGUGAUGGAGAAAGGAUCCCUCUGCCCUCAUUACAAGGCAUUGUUGUUCUCAAUAUUCCCAGUUUUAUGGGAGGUACGAACUUCUGGGGAGGGACAAAAGAAGACGACAGUUUCUUGGCACCUAGUUUUGAUGAUCGAAUCCUGGAAGUUGUAGCAGUUUUUGGCUCUGCACAGAUGGCUGCUUCUCGCAUUAUUAAUUUACAACAUCAUCGAAUAGCUCAGUGCUCCAGCAUUAAAAUCACAAUCCUAGGGGAAGCUGGAGAAGAUGGCGUUCCUAUCCAGGUUGAUGGAGAAGCCUGGACGCAGCCUCCUGGAAUAGUUCGAAUUGUUCACAAGAACAGAGUGCAGAUGUUAUGUAGGAAUCGGGAUUUAGAAGUAUCACUCAAGGCCUGGGAGGAGAAGCAGCGCAGCUUAGGGAGCCACACCAAACAGUUGACUUUGCUUGCUGAUGAAGAGCUGCCUGUCUUGGCAACAUUAGCCACAUUGGUUGCAGAUGUCAUCAGUCAUGUGAAAAUGGUAAUAGCAGCCAACCCCUGCCUUGAAGCAACCUUUGGGGAAGUAGCCACUUCAGCCACUGCCAGCUUGGAUAAGGUGUGGCGGGAUGGCAAAAUUAUUGAAAGUCCUAACUUGAGAAUGCUGGCGACACAGUUGGUGCAUAACAUACGAAACCUUCAGGCAGAGAUUCUUCAUGCACUAAAGGAUGAUCCCAAUAUAAUGAAUCAAACUCUGUCAGACAACCUGCAGACUGCUCUGUCUUCCCUUGACAGUGUCUUGAAGUCAAAGUCUGUGCAUGAGAAGGACAGCCUCAUGCACUUUGCCUCAGAAGAGGAGGGAGAGCCAAAGAGAGUCCAUUCCAAAGGACUAUUUAAGCUGAAGCUAAAACGUGAUGGGCGAAAAGGAGGCUUUGAGAGGGAGGUGAGGGAGUGGGGCACAGAGGAGGUGGCAGCGUGGCUGGAUACACUGCUGCUGUCUGAGUACCAAGAGUCUUUCCUCAGUCAUGACAUCCGAGGUGCUGAGCUGCUCAAUCUGGAGAGGAGGGACCUCAAAGAGUUGGGAAUAACUAAGAUUGGUCACAUUAAGAGGAUUCAGCAAGGAAUUCGUGAAAUCAAGGAAAGUAAGUCCCAUAGUUAAGUUUUACCUUGAAGUGUUAAAGGAAUUCAUUUUUGCUGUCUGAAAGUGGAAGGUUGUUAGUUAUAUAGUGUCAGUCAUAUUUGAGUAUGUGAAAGCUUUAAUGGAAAUAUGUUGUAUCUGUGACUUUCUAUAACUUGAUAUUCAAUCAUGAGGAACACACUUCCUUCAAAAUUUCUCCAAGUACAAAGUAUUUUGUAUGGUUUUUUGCUUAUAUUUUAUUACGAACAUAAUCCAAGUGCACAUUGGAUGUUGUUCUGUCAUAUUUAUUACAAAAUAGGUUAAAGUAUUUAUUUUAGACACAUUAUAUGAUGAGGAGGCUGUUUUAUGAGAAGAUAAUUGCUGACUGAAUCACAUGGUGUUGGUUGAGUUUGCAUUGUGAAGGUGUUUCUACUCUUCCAUAAGAUGAUGUUGAUUUUUCUAACUUCUUGCUAAAUUGAAUACUGUUUGUAAGGCUUGGCCAUUUUAUAUGCCAUAGGCUCCAAUAAGAGAUAUAGGCUAGUCACUCUUUGAUACUACAAUACUACUGUUACCUUCUAGGAUAGUGAAAUGGCAGCUAUUUAUGCAAAUUAAUGCUGUUGUUUGUUCCUAAGUUUCAUAUAUUUAUGUGAUGUGUAUUUCUUUUAUGAAGUUAAUGAAUCAAUUCUGUAUUGAAUUUUAAGUAUGCCUGUUCUAAGGUGUAGACUGUUACAUCUUCUUGCAUUGUUUUGGUGCCACACACUUUCUGAGAAGAUUUGUUAUCCAAAAAUAUUGUGUAUUUUCCAUAAUUAUUUUUAGUAGUACUUUUGUAGUACAUCACAUAGUAUCAUUUGUAAUGAUGUAUAUUCCUAAACCUAUUUGUAUCACUGAUGUUACUGUUGGUUAUAAAACUGUAAACUUCCUUA